AUGAUCAUGGCUGUCCCGGAAAAUGCUGAUGUGAAAGAUGACUCUUCUGGUCAAAACCUUGACAACAACGCUGCUUCAUUACCAGCAGAUACGAUGAUGCCGCCAUGUCCUGAUGAUCAGAACCCUGAAUCCAACUCUUCUGUUGAGACACCAAACUCAACAAAGGGCAGUGAAGGGGCUCUCAAGAAUGAGAUAAGCCAUUCGGAUGUUAAGUUUUCUAAGUUAAAUGCGAUGGCUAAGGAAUACGUUCCGCAAUUACGUGCUCCAACCCACCCUGGCUUUGUGAAUAAUAUGUUAUGGUUCACCAACAAUUUCGCAAUGCAAACUUUCUUUAUUGAUGAUUAUGACCUUUUUGCUACAACGAGAAUUAACUUUGGCCAAAGGAAGCGAAGGAUGAGCAGGAAAACAAGCCUGGCUCAGAAGGAAGAUGUAAUCAGGAGAACUGUCCAUGUCUUAGACAUUAAUCAACAGGCUACUGAAGAGAAACUUGCUGGUCUCUUUCAGUCUUGUGGCCAGGUUGUUGAUUGUCGUAUUUGCGGUGACAAUAAAUCUAUUCCUAUUCUCCGUUUUGCCUUCAUUGAGUUCACUGAUGAAGAGGGAGCUAGGUCUGCUUUAAGCCUUUCAGGAACUCUGUUUGGUUCUCAUCCUAUAAAGGUUCGUCUUUCAAAAACAGCUAUUGCACCUGUGAACCCGGGUCUCCUUCCAAAGUCCGAGGAAGAGCGUGAGAAAUGUGCAAGGACUGUUUACUGUACUAAUAUCGACAAGAAGGUCACUCAGAUGGAGCUGGAAGAUUUCUUUAAAGAAGCAUGUGGGGAGAUUCAACAUCUGAAGCUUGUUGGAGACUGUCAUCACCAAACCUGCAUUGCUUUUGUUGAAUUUAAGCUGGUGGAAAGUGCAGUUUCUGCUCUUAAUUGCAGCGGUAUUGUCUUGGGCGGUUUCCCUGUAAGGGUAAGCCCGUCAAAGACACCAGUGAGGCUAGACCCCUCUGAUAGAAACUAA